UGUUCAGUGGUAUAUCCCAGACAGAUCCACAUGUACAGUUAACUUCUCUAUAUUGUACAUGUAACUUGUAUAUAAAGAUCUUGAUUUAGGAUGAAGAUCUGUCUUGCAUAUGUUGUAGCCUAUGAAGGUUAUGUGCAAGUAUUAUUAAAGAUAUAGAGGUUCAAUCAUUACACCAUCAAAAUGGCUGCUGCCAACAAUGAAACAGAUAAAGUAAUGAUGCUCCAUAAGGCAACUGCCUAUAACUGGGAAGCUGAAAGAAAUAAAUACAAAGACAUUCAAGAUGAUGGAACUAUGUCUUUUUUCUGGCAAGCCCAUACUAUACUGGUAUUGGUGCUGUCCAGUAUUGCUCUGAUAUAUGUUACAAUAUUUGAAGAGACUGUAGAUGAUUCAGAUUACAACAUGAAAAGGGGCAUUAUAGCAAUGUUGGUGACAUUUUUAGCAGUAGGUGUAACACAGACUCCAGAUGGUCCAUUAAAAAGACCACAUCCUGCAUUUUGGAGAUUGAUACUCUGUUUAAGUAUAGCGUAUGAACUGGCUUUGGUCUGGCUUUUAUUCCAGACUGUCCAUGAUGCCAGACAUAUCCUAACACACUUUGAUACCAAGCUUGGCAAGGCACUGGAACAGAAGUCUUAUGGUGGAAGCUGUUUGUUGUUUGAUCCAAAUAAUACAGACCCAUUCCAUAAUAUCUGGGACAAAAUGGAUGGAUUUGUUACUACUCAUUUCUUUGGAUGGUGGUUAAAGACUUUGAUACUAAGAGAUUGGUGGUUAUGUAUGGUAUUAAGUAUCAUGUUUGAAUUAUUAGAGUACACCUUAGAACAUCAAUUACCAAACUUCAGCGAAUGUUGGUGGGAUCAUUGGAUUAUGGAUGCUUUAGUUUGUAAUGGUUUGGGUAUAUACCUUGGCUUGAAGUCCUUAAAGUAUCUGUCGAUGAAACAUUACCAUUGGAGAGGCAUGUGGAAUAUACCAACUUACAGAGGAAAAAUGAAGCGAUUAGCAUUACAGUUUACACCAUAUAGUUGGACAGAUUUUGAUUGGAGGCCACUGUCUAGUUUAAAACGAUGGCUAGCUAUGUUAGCUGUUAUUGCCAUAUUUUUAUUAGCGGAAUUGAACACAUUCUACCUCAAGUUUGUCUUAUGGAUUCCUCCUCCCCAUUGGAUCAAUCUACUUCGGCUAGCCUUCUUUUUAUUUAUGGGUGCUGCUGCUAUGAGAGAAGGAUUUCAGUAUUUAGAUGAUCCAACCUGUAAGAAGUUUGGGCGACAAGCUUGGAUGAUAAUUGCCAUCAUUAUAACAGAAUUCCUGAUUGUAGUCAAGUUUGAUUGGAAGACAAUCAGUAAGCCAUUGCCACCACACAUAGCAUAUUUCUGGAUUUUAGGUCUCUUAUUACUAAUUGGAUGGACAAUAUUCAAAUUUUAUAUAUAUAGAGAUGUCAAAAGUGAUUUACCUGAAAAGUCUGAAACAUCUAAUGGAAAUCCUGUGCCAAUUCAGAAAUCUCAAAAUAAUGGAAAUCGGGAUUUACGAUCAAGAUCCAAAGUUACUAAAUCAAAUUAGGAUAUACAGAUUAAAAUUUGUGGCUAUAAGUAGUAAUGUUAUGUCGUUUUGGUGUACUAUAAGGGUUGACUUUGGUCCCCAUAUUGUUCUCAUUAAUGAUAUUUAGUGAAUUGCUGUUUGUACUAAUUUAAGAGUAUAAAUAAUGAUUUUUCAAGAAAGAAUAGAAAGUAAGUUUGAUUGUUAUGAUUACCUUAACAACCAGUUCAAAUGCAAUGUGGAAAAAUUGGUUUUGUAGGUUUAAUAAUAAGUGAAAUAACUGUUAGAGCAUUAUAAUAAAAGAAAUAGAUCUUAGAUCUAUGUAUACAUUUAAGGGACCAAAGACAACUCUGAUGUCUCCACAUAUAUUUGUCAUAUUUGUUAUUAAAAAAAUAUUUUUAUAAACAUUGCUCAAUAGUGCCUAAAAAUUUAAAAAUGUUUACUGAUAUAUAUAUUUUAUUCAUUUUGCUAAAAAUCAUAUUUUUGCUGAGAUAUACAAUUUAUAUUCCCAUGCCUAUGCUAGCAUUAACAGUCGCAUGUCAUGUUUGAGAAAUUUUAUAAACUGGAUGCUUUUUAUAUUUUUUUAUGGAAUUUUGUACAUUUUGCAUAAGGCUGUUUUAAAUGUUGGGCAUAGGCUUCAUAUUAUAAUAGAGGGUCAUUAAAAUUAGCAUUACACAGUGAAUUUGUUACCGUAGAUUGCCUAGUUUGUAUUAUUAUGAAUGCUUUGUUUAUACCUCAACAUUGAAAGUUGUGCAAACUUUUAUUCCAUAGUCUGAUGUAGGAUAGCAGACAGAUGCAUAAAGUAUUUGGUUUUCUUUUCAGUUCACUUCUUUGUGUUUAAAAUAUUAGGAUUUUUAAACAAACCUUGGGUUUAAUAUAGAGAAAAUGCUUCUGAUAUUUUAAGAAAAUAUUUGGACAUUAAACUAGGGCAUUACGUAUUUUUAGUCUGUGCAACCAUUCGUUCAUUUGUUUGUUUGUUCAUUAGUUCGUUUGUUCGUUGGUUUAUCUGUCUGUCCUGCUUCAGGAUAAAGUUUUUAGUUGAGGUGUUUUUGUGAUGUAGUUGAAGUCCUAUGAACUUGAAACUUUGUACACAUGUUCCCUAUGAUAUGUCCCUUUUCAUUUUAAUGCCAAUUAGAGUUUAUAGUAGACCCACAUUUAUUCAAUGGUUUUUGCUAUUUAGUUGUUAUUACAAUUGAUAUAUUAAAGAAGACCAUUGUUGUAAGGGGUGUAUUUUAGCUGAUUUCACAAUUGAAUAUUAAAUAACAAAAUAUCCCCUCCAGUAAAUUUGGUCUUCAAGAUUGAUGUGAACUAGGAUAAAACAAUUAAAAAUAUCAUAAUGAAACUGCAUAAAACAGUUGGACCAAAAAAUAACAAAAUUUGAUCCUCCAAAAAAUAAAUUUCUAUAGUAUUUAGUAAAUGACUGUCAAAGGUAUAAGAAAGUCAUCACUCAUUAAAUUGGUUAUUAUUUUACCAGCUGAAAUUCUGAACUUGUAUGUUAUUUUUUUGUUGUUACUUCAGUGGGUUGGGAUACUGGGAAUUUAUUUGUUUUCGAAAACUAUGUUUUCAUAACCAAUAUAAGUUAUGUCUAAUUUAAUUCUUUAGAUUUUAGAUACAUUUUUUUUUGUAAGUACAUGUAUAAAAACCUAACCAUACUUUAUUAUAUGGUUAUUUACAAAGACCUUAGUCAAAAGUUUGGCAAAAGAUUGGCAAAAAAACCCAACUGAAACACCAUUCAUCUUAUGAAUUUCCUUGGAUUACAGCUUUGUAAAAUACAUUUUGUAGCAAACAUCUGUUUAGGUAUAGAUCAUGCUCACCGGUAUAUCUAAAUAUUUAUAAUAUUAUCUAGGAGUAUUUUCUGUUUUGUUAAAUAUGUAGGAUGUUUAAAGCCCUUAAUAUAUUAAUUUGUAAGAUAUAUAUACAUGUACUAAUGUCCCGCAGACUUAUGUUUUAUGAACAUGCAAAGGAUGUUAUUUGGUAGUUUAUAAUACUUUUUGAAUUCUUAAUUCAAUGGUCCAAAACAUGGCAUUAUUGUACCUUUCUCUUUUGUGUAGGUUUUUUGUUUGGUAACCUUCUGACAUCAUGGAUGUGUCAUUUCUUUUAUAGUUGAUUUAAACAUGUUAAAUGGUUGUGAUUCAUUAUUUGUUUGUUAUUUAAAUGUGUAUAUAUAGGUGUUAUUAUUUGGUUUAGGCGAUAACUAUAUUGUAUUUUAAGCGCUGACGGCAUCAAUUGGGGAUUUGAUGGUCCCAAAUUAAGUUUACUGGCAACGCGUUAGCGAAGACAGUAAACCAGUAUUUGCGACUAUCAAAUCCCCAAUGGAUGCCAGUCGGAGCUUAACAUACAAUAUUGUUAUCUCCAUUCUAAUGAAACCGACAGAAAAUAACGUUAAAACAUGUAUUUAAAAUCUGUCAUAUGCCGUCUGCACUUGCGUGUAAAUGAGUGACGUUAUCCAAUCAAAAUGAACGUUACAAAUGUUGUUGCAUUAGAAUUGUAAUUAUAUAGAAGCACAUUGUCUCCAGAAAUUUGGUUAUUAUGCAUGUGUCUUUAGCUCAGCGGGUCAUAUUUGGUUUGAUGAGCUGUUGUUGUCAUGCCUUCCUUGGUUGUCUACAGUUUAUUGUAAAACUAAUUCUCUCCUCCACCAAUCAAAUUUCAAUA